AUGACGAACAACAGUGGCGAAGACGAGUGCUUGCGCAAGUCGGUGGUGGACUCGAUUGUUCUGGCGCUCGAGAAGCUGUCGGGCUCCGAUGUGGACCACGCGGCAACGAUCAACAUAGCAUUCAACCUGCUGGACGUGCUGAAGUCGGUGAACAAUCGGUUCGAUCUGACGGUGGUGGAGGCGGCAAACCGGCGCGACGUUCUCAGUCCGGUGCUACUGGCACUGCGUGACCGGCCGGACCUUGCGCCGCUGGAUCUCUUUGCGUGUCUCUUUGCGUACUGCUCGGUGAUCAACGCGUUGCAGCCACUGGUGGUGAAGUUCGUGCAGGCGUGGAACAAAGACGACUACCUACGCGAGGCGCUGGCCCGUUCGGCGGCGGGUAGCCCGCGCACGACAGAGAAACUCGGGUUUUAUUCGGUGAUCUCGUACCUCGAGAACUUCCACACGCUAGACCACAAGUCCCUGUCAUACUUGAAUCUGCAACUGGAGCGGGUCCUUGUAGACCACUGGUUGCCGCUCUGGGCCAGCUACCUGAAGGCAGGUAGCGCGACCAAUCUGCAGCAGUGGAUAGUCCAAGAGAGGUUUCUGCUCCGUAUACACGACGAGUCUGUCCAGGACUUCAUCAUUGCGCUCAAGUGCCAGGAUGUGGAACAAUGGCACCACUUAGCCGCGUUAAACAUGAGUUCUUGGAACUACUUCAUAUACAUGACUUCCAAUCGGUUUCUAAGGUUCUCGGACUCACAGAUCAAUCAGCCCAGCUUCAAGGAAUUUGCCCUAGGUUUUCUCACCAAGUGCGUCGGUAACGACAGCUUCACCCUACUACAUACCGAUCCGAAGUUCAAGUUCCAAGUGUUGAUGGAGGUGCUAGACCAUUCAGAGAUGAACUUUUUUCAAGAACCACAUUUGAUGAAUCUCCUAAAAAUCGCAUUGUCCCAAUUCUAUGUGAUUGUGCGCGACAACUCGGCGGAUGACAUUACAAAUUUGCAUUUACAGUUGGGAGAGCUGGGGACAACACAGAGUUUACCCGCCUUGAUCAAUAUGCUAUUGUUUGUUGUGGCGCGUUUCUUGAUUAACGUUGGUAAUGUAACGGAGGCAGGUGUAAAUCAGCAAAACGACACGAAUUGGUUCAAACGCUAUGAUAAGCAUGUGAUUCCGUCCAGUUUUCACCGCCUGCUUCCGCAGCUGCCACCGAUUUCAAAGUCGUUGUUUGCCUUCGACUACACAUCUACCUAUCUGCCCUCAAACAUAAUCACAAACUAUUCGCAAAUAAUCACAAAUUUGUUGGACUCCCUUAUACUGUUACUCUCCAUCAACCGAUCCUUACUAGUUUUCUAUCAUGAGUCGCAGCUGGGCUCGCUACAUUUUAUGGACUACGGCAGUAGCAACGUUGAAAACAGUAACGAGAACGAAGCCUUCCAAGGUAUUGAAAAUGACACUAGCUUACAAUUUAUGGAACUAUAUUAUAUCCCCCUUGUUACGGCCUUGCUGCUCUCGGACCAACUGCUGGAAUCUCCAGCGGACUCACCGAAGUUGGUGUCUCCAAAAUUGCCACAGAUCAAUGGCAGAUUACUCUUUAUUCACGUUUUAAAGUGUUUGGAACAGUUGAUCGACAACCACGGCAGUUCCGCAUUGUAUCAUUUGAUAAAAUUCCUCUCUAUGGUUUCCAUCGAAGACCUCUCUAUCCAAAAGAAAUCCAUUCUAUUGCUAAAUCAUUUAUUCUUCCAUGGUGACAGCGACCAUAUCCUGCAACUAUGCUUACAAAAUGAGUUGACAACACAGCCAUUAAACGACUAUAUCAGUUUGUGGAAUGAUGGUAGCAAAACUUACGGACUCUUCUUCACGCAGGUGUUCAAAAGAAAACAGCCGGAAGUCUCUGUCGUCUCUAAAACUUAUGGCGAUCUUCUUCGGCUAAUUCCGGAGUACAAGCCGCCGGCCUACGGCGCAGCAUCGUCGUCCACAGCCGUUCCCCUAUCCAUACCCAUGCACAGUUCUCCCCCGGAUACCCUAAUGAUGGACACUAUCCCCUUGCAAACCCCAACAGUGAAUAAGCCCAAAUUUAACACUAAUGCCACUUCUUUUAUCCCACAGAACAUGAACAUGGCGACUCCGUCAAGACACUCGCCAUCCAACUCCGUUGCCCUGCCUCCACAGCCCCCAUCCACGCUGUACGCGACUUUCCCCUCCCCCAUGCUGUUUGGAUCCGGAAACUCCGCGAUGACGCAGCUCCCCACCCCGAUCACAGAAAGCUACGCGCAGUCGACUUCCUUCUACAUCCCUCAACAGACGAUCGUCAGACCAACUCCGACAAGGCACAGCAGCUACCCCUCCAUGCCGACAAGCAAUUCCACUGGCUCCUCUACGGCUUCGAACGCAACGGGCACUCCUCAACACCAGAGAACAUGGCAGCCGCCCACCGGGACCCCCACCGGGCCCUCUUCCUACGGGCAGCAGCAGCAACAAUCCCCUUCUUUCAUGACAUCUACGGGCGCAGGCAAGUUGGUAAACAGCGGUAAAAACUACAUUCUGGGUGGCCACAACAGGGCAGUUAACAAUAGCAGGUCGCAAAGCAUACACGUCGAUGAGUUUGAAAAGAUGCAGAUAUAA